AUGGAGGUUCCUGCUGGGGAGGAUCUUGAGAUGGCUUCACCCUACCAAGGUCAGGCCGAUGAUUUUGAUAUCGAUAUCGACCUUAUGGAGGACCAUGUAUCCAACAUGGACAGUGAUAUGAUGGGCGCGGACGACUUCCCCAACACCUCCCAGCCCUCUCUAUUCCAGAAUGAUGCGACAGACGAUGCCGACAUGGUCGAUGAACCCUCGGAAGGAUCUAUGGUCGAUGCGGACAACCUAGCCGAUGAAGAUCACGAUAUUGAGGUCCAGUACGACGAUGAUACCUACGAGGCAGAUAUGCUGGAGGGUGAUGAUGUUGAAACCACCGAUGUUGCUGUACCCGCCAUUAAUAUUGAAGGUACCCCGAGUAUUGCGACCCCAGCGAUUGAGAACAACGAGCCGAGCCAAGUUGGUCCGGAAGCGGCCGCAGACGGUCAAGAGGCUCAGUCUUCACCCUCCGUGGCCAUUCCUGUAGAGAGUGAACAGCAAAAGCAAGAGCCUAUCAUUGAGGUACAAGAAAUCGUGCAAGAAACGAUUCCGGCCGAAAAUAUUGAGCAUGAACAAGCCCAGCCCCUUGAGAGCGCUGAACCCGUUGCCGACAACGACAACAACAAGGUCGGUGAGCAGACUAAUAAACCCGCGGAGAGUAUGAUUCCGGACGCCCAAGAGCAUCACACUCCCGAUCACUCGGUUGAGAAUUUAGAAGAUCACAAGGCCUCUUCCCCGAAGGCAGAGCCUCCCACUGUUGAGCAAGCUGAGACUUGUGUUUCGAAUGAAUUAGAACAUGAGAAUACUCAUGAUGAAGAAUCUCUUCACACAGUCAAGGUCAUCUACCAGGAUAAUGAGAUCUCCCUCUUUCCGCCUUUGGAAGGUGAUUCAGCCGAAACUUUCUUCCUUCAUGACGAAGAUGUAGCCUAUGACAACGUUGGCAGAUUAUUCAGCUCUCUUCGUGAGGUGCUUCUGGAUAAUAUUGCCGAGCAUGAAACUCUUGUUAUUGAUAUCGAUUCCCUUGGUAUUCAAAUAACUGAGGACUCGUCUUAUACAUCCAGAAUCACUUUGCACCAGAUCUUGGAUAUUUACCUUCGCCUUUGUCAUAACGACGGCAUCCAUGACCCGGACGCUCUGUAUCUUAGCCUUUCCAGCAAAGCAGCUAUCCAUCAUGAACUGGCCAACCUGGACUUCGCUGCCAAAGAAGGCAAGGGUUUAUCCCAGAUCCACCUGUGGGCUGAUUAUGAUGAAGAAGACCCGGUUGUGGAAGAGGCUGCCGGCAGUCAUGAACAAUCUGGCGAUGAGUUGCCACGGGAAUCUCAGGAUGAUCAGUCCAGUACACGUGGUGGAAUUGCUGCGUCUCAUGACGCCGGCAUAUCUGGUAAUGAGGCAACAGAUGAACUUGAUGGACCUAGCAACGUGGAAAAUAUAGCAGACGAAGCUCAUCAGGAAUCUGGUCGCGGUGAUGCUGAUGUCAAAACAAACCCUGAACCAAACCCCACUGUGGCUCAAGAUGAACAAGAGACUUACCAAGGAGGGGAGGAUCACCAUAACAAAUCUGAUGGCGCUGAAAGCCACAGUGAAGAACGCGACCAUGCCGAGGAUCCAAGAACCGAGUCUACCGGCACCGUGGCCCUUGAAGAUGCAUCUGUGGAAGCUACCCACGAUGAUUGGGACAAUCAUGAAACCUUGGAGCACCAUGAUACCAAUAAGGACGAUCAAGCCCCUGAUAAUGGAGGAUUUGAUGAUGACGAGUUCUCUGGUGCUGAUGAUCUUGAAGUGGCCGAUCUUGCUGUUCCCGUACAGAAAGUUGAAGCCGAGGAUCAACACGAGGACGGUGCUGAAGGCGUAGUUUCUGCAUCCCAGCAUGGUGAGCAGCCCACGGAUGACUUCGAAGCUACGAAACAACUUGACCACGAUUACGAGGACGGUGUGGAAGAUAAUACCGAUCCCAAUGCCUAUGAGGAGUCGGAGUCCACAUUGGAGAACCUGCCCCAGGAAACUUCCUUCUCCGAACAAACCCCAGAGCCUGAGGAUUACCUACUUGGGAUUGAUGAGGACGUGAUGCAAACACCUGCAAAGAAUAACGAAAUUGAGCAACUCAACAACGCCGAUGUUGCGGAUGAGGAAUAUUUCGAAGACGACUUGACCGCUCCCUCUUUUGAAGAUGGCGGCGAUGGUCAGCAAAACUACGAAAAUGACUACAACUAUGAGGCCGAAUUGGACGCCCCGGAGGAACCUGAGUUGGGUGAAAUAGAUCCCUCUUCUACUGACUCUCAUGCUCCUGACAAUCUUUCCGUCAAACGGUCCCGUGAUGAGGAUGAUGAGUGGGACAUCACGGAAGCCACGACACCCGACCUCAAGCGUCGGCGACCUUCGUAA